AGACUUAAUUCUGGAGGCUGGGGCGCGUUUGGGUAGUCGCUGGAACGCGCCUAGGCAGUGACUGACUGGAGCAAAGUGGAACGACGCGAGGAAGAUUGUGCAUAUUUUUAUAGGUCUAUGAUAGAGACGGAACUGCCGAGGAGUUCUACUAGACUAGCAAGCCUGGUGCUGCCAUUCACGCAGUGCACGACCAUCAAAGUUUACUUCAUCUUGCGUUUCGUCGAGUUCUUCAGCGAGAUCAUUUUGCAUACCUGUGUGCUUAGAUACCACAUUUAACUAGUUAGCUUACUUUUCUUGCACAAAGGCACUUUCAAUCGAUCGAAGAAACGAAGUUGUUCUAACUUGUGUGUAGGCUGUAGUUGCCACGACCUGGGUGUUCUACAGAAAUGUCGCAGAAAGAGAGACCCACUUUUUACCGACAGGAGCUGAACAAGACGAUAUGGGAGGUCCCAGAACGAUACCAGAGCCUGUCUCCAGUUGGAUCUGGUGCUUAUGGAUCGGUAUGCUCAUCGUUCGACGUGAAGAUAGGCAUGAAGAUCGCCGUUAAGAAGCUCUCCAGGCCCUUCCAGUCCAUCAUCCAUGCCAAGCGCACGUACCGCGAGCUGAGACUGCUCAAACACAUGAAGCAUGAGAACGUGAUCGGGCUGCUGGACGUGUUCACACCAGCCACCAGCCUGGAGGAGUUCAAUGAUGUGUACCUUGUGACUCACCUGAUGGGCGCGGACCUGAACAACAUCGUCAAGUGCCAGAAGCUUACGGACGACCACGUGCAGUUCCUCAUCUACCAGAUCCUGCGGGGGUUAAAGUACAUCCACUCUGCUGAUAUCAUACACAGAGACCUGAAGCCCAGCAACCUGGCUGUGAAUGAAGACUGUGAGCUGAAGAUCCUGGACUUCGGGCUGGCCCGGCACACUGACGACGAGAUGACCGGCUACGUAGCGACCCGGUGGUACCGCGCUCCAGAGAUCAUGCUCAACUGGAUGCACUAUAACAUGACAGUGGACAUUUGGUCUGUCGGCUGCAUCAUGGCUGAGCUCCUGACCGGGCGGACGCUGUUCCCCGGGACCGACCAUAUUGAUCAGUUGAAGCUAAUAAUGCUGCUCGUCGGAACACCAGGGCCCGAGCUCUUGAUGAAAAUAUCUUCGGAGUCUGCUAGGAACUACAUCAACUCCCUGCCACACAUGCCCAAGAGGAACUUCGCUGACGUGUUCAUCGGAGCAAACCCAAUGGCGGUGGACCUGCUGGAGAAGAUGCUGGUUCUGGACACGGACAAGCGGAUCACCGCCGCCGAGGCCCUGGCCCACUCGUACUUCGCCCAGUACCACGACCCCGACGACGAGCCCGAGGCCGAGCCGUACGACCAGAGCUUCGAGAGCCGCGAGCUGGAGAUCGAGGAGUGGAAACGACUGACCUAUGAGGAGGUUCUCAGCUUCGAGCCGCCGGUGUAUGAAGGAGACGAGAUGGAGUCCUGAGAGGAUGCGGCCCGGUUUCUCCCUCCGUACGCACUGUGAGGAAGCGCGUCUCGCUGGACCUUCUGGAAAAAAAACAAUGUCAUUCAAGUGCCUGCCAUCGUUAAAAGCUGGUUUCUCUGUGGGGUCCGAGGGCAGUGGUGACUCCCGUACUCCCCCACCCCCCCACCCCUACGUGCAGCGUGAUGCUGUGGGUAAUGCGCGUUGGCCCUGUGUCACAUUUUAAAUUGCAGCUGUACUGUGUUAGUUUGCACCAUUUUUUUGCACCAAGAUUUAUAAAUUUCUACUUUGUUAUUCUUGUACUUCAAAUGGGAAGAGCAAAGAUGAGCAAACAGACUAGCAAAUCGCUCAUUUUUGGUACAGGGGUUCAAAAGGCUGGGCUUUGGCUGAUGGUUUCCUUAUUUGAAUGUCUUUAAAAUAAUCACCAAAUCACAUAUUGACGCUAUUAUUUAGUCUUUGGCAUAUAUUUACAUUGAAGCACUUUGGGCAGACAAAUAUUAGAUAUCUGAACCCUGGAAAUGAGGCUUGUAAAGAUUAGAGAUUUAACAUGGUUUCACGAGCACUAGUGCUGCCAUUGUUAUAAGGGCCGAAGAUUCACCCUUGAUUUUUUCACAGUCCUCUGAUUGUGGUGACUUGGAGCAACACUGAGAACCCUAACCCAAACUGACACUACACCCAGUCCUCCUCUUCCUCCCCGUCGCCAAAAACGAAAGUCUGUUACGAAAUUUGAAUUUGGACAGACCGCUCAUGGGGAAACAUUGUAAGUUUAAAGUGAAGAAUGUUUCAAGAGGCCUUGUUUGGUUAAUCCUCAGUCCCCCCCAUCAGUCAGAGGUACCCACUGCUGGGUAAGGGGGGAGGUUGUUGUCUGUGUUUGGAUGGAAGAGGCUGGAUGUUCUAUUGCUGUAGCUCCUUAAAAAUUAGGUACCGAAGCGUGACAAUUUUGCUGCAUGUCAGGCCCCCGGGGUGCGCGAUUGAACCAUUGAACCUGCGGAAUGCUGGGAAAUGUGGACCAGAACUGAACCCCCGCUCAUCCUGAGGGUUAGGGUUAGGGUUUGACGGGACAGUGUGACGAGACCGCCUUUUAUUGUCGCUAGUUUUGUUUUGUCGUCGCUUUCAGCGGUUUUUGCUUAUGAAAUAUUAUGUCCAGAUCGCCUCUGUCCCUAUUAUCAGAGUUAUUAAGAAAAGCUGUGCUGUUAGCGUGUUGUUCAGCUUUGUGUUCCAGGCCUACGCCAGCCCUUGCGCUGUACAGUCUGCCUUAACCGCUCCCCGCUGCACGCAGGCCUUUUGCCGGAGGGCUCAGGAGAAGCGCUCGCUCCUGGUGUUCUGCGUAGCUUUCUCCUUCCUGCCUGUAAUCAUUCACUGCAGGAGUGGAGGAAGUCCUGGGGAUGCACUCCGCCUCCCUCCUUGUGAAGUUCCUGUCUGGGUGCUAGGACUUGCGAAGGCUGUUAAAAGAAUGUGAUUUUUAAGACAACAAGGCAAUCUUACUUUUAAAAAAAAAGUACAGGCAAGCUGAAUUCAAAUUCUAUGCUUUUGUAUUUCAUGGAUCCCUCUACUGUUGAAAUAUUAACAAGAAGAAAAAAGGUUGUGUAUGUCAUGGUUGUGUAGAUAUUUUACAUGUCAUGUCCUUCAUCCACAACCCCUAUUUGACACAUCACGGCUACGCUGAGUGGGUCUGGCUGUCCCAGGGGUCACGAAACGUGUUACCUGCUCCCAGUGGGUCUGGCUGUCCCUGGGGCACGAAACGUGUUACCUGCUCCCAGAUUUCCAGGGAAGGUCGGGACACCUGUGUCAUCUAUGAUUGUUUUUUUUUUGUUUCUUCUUUUGUCAGUGGACUGAUCCAGUUCCCCAUUUGAAGGGCUUUCAUAGCUGAACUGCACGCCGCACAGUUCUGUUAACGUGCCCCUGUUCAGCUUGGGUGGGUUUUCAGGUCCUGUGAAAGUAAUGAUUAAACUGCACCUGGCGAGAGCUCAUCCUGUGUCUGAGCCACUGUUCUCUGUGCUGAAAGAGCCGUGCGGAUGCUUCUCCUCUGUCCUCUACAAGAUGCUCAAACCAGCAAAACAAACAAAAACACAAAACCCCUUAGAACCUGUUCAAUAAAUGUCAUAAUAUUGACUUCAGGUCUGUAUAUAACAAUAUCAGUCACAGCUUUUGUAUUAUUUUAUCUUACUGACUGUGUUUUCAUGAUAUAGUACUACUUGAUUCCUAAAAGCAAUAUCUAUAUCAAGCAUGUUUUCCGUGUGCGUGCGUGCCUGUGAAUGAAUGCGUGUUUAUAGGAGUUUGAAGGGCCAGGUUGAAAUCAUGUAUUGUAAUAUCCUAAGGAACGUAAAGAUGAAAUUAGUUUGAGAUAUUUAUGACCUGACAAAGCAAAUGAUGUUUAGUAUAGAUUUUUUUUCCGAGCAGAGCAUACCCUUCCAUUAUUUGAAUGGAAAGACAGACUUCAUUAUUUUGUGUAAACAAUUCAUCAUAUUGGAAUGUGAAAAGAGUAACCAGUAAGUACCACUGUUUAAAAACAAAUAAAGUUAAUUAUUUUUGAAA